AGCAACUGAGAUCUGACAGGAGUACCAAAACGUUCCAGGAGACCAUUUGAGGUAGAAAUGAUCUGAAUCAACACCCUAAAUGAGCUGGAUGUUUAGCCAGCAGCGGGAAGGAAGAGGAGGGUGAAAGAAGCUUCUCUUCCUCCUAACUUCCUCCUCAUGCACUAACUCCCCCCACACUUGAGUGUGGAAGGGACCUUCAGAGAGACUGAACAUAAAAGCAAGCACCAGCCCUCUGUCAAACUUUUUUCAGCCAUGUGGAAGAAAGGUAUUUUGGAUAGAGGAGAAAAAAGAAAUACUCAUGGCACACCAAACUGGCAGUGAAGGAAAGGAAGGUCUGGGGGAAAAAGAGGAGUGGGGGUGCACAGAGAGCACCUUGGCAUAGUGAGAAAAAAAUGGGGGACUGGGGAGCUGGGUUCAGUUGCAUAGCCCAAAGGUGCUGUGAGCUGAGGUUUCACAUGAUGAAGCAGCCAGAUAUGCAUCCUACCUUAUUUUACAGUAGUUUACCUAUGUAGGCAAACUGACGGUCUUGAGCCCUGUCAAGAUCAAAUUCUGAGCCCUUCUCUCUCCAAACGCAUGCUCCCCAUGGCAGCCUUCUAAUGGGGUCUGUGACAGCAAAGGGCAUCUCCGGUCUAAGAUUAAGUAACAUGAAGCACAGUAUGACCCUCCAGUCAACUUGACAGGAUACCAAAUGUGUGCACUCCAGUAACUGAUGCUUGUGACACAGAGAGGAUUUUGCUUGUUUGUCCUGUUGUGGGGUGGUGGAUGCUGGGAAUACAAACUGUAUUUGUUUUAGUAUUGCUUGGUUGUUUUAUCAGGGACACUCUCUUGCCCCAGGGUCACUUGCCUGCUCAUGCUUGCUGAGGGCUGAUGUAGUAAGGUAACCAAACUAGAAAAUCCUGUAUUGCACAGCUAGAGAAUGAGAGCCUGUUUCCAGAGUCAAGACUUUUGUCCCAUCCCUUUCCUUUGCAGAGGGUACACUCACAAAUGGAUUUCCCCUUGUUUGUCAUAGUUGCGAUAUCCCUCGCCUGUUUAACUAUGCUGACCUCGCUGUCAAUGCCUCAAACCUCCUUGCUAAACUGAUAGUGAGAUAACUGUGACCACAGCAAGAAGUGAGCUUUUUCUCAGGACUUGCCUUAAAGUCAGUUUCUCACAGAGACAUGGAAACUGUGAAUGGCCAUGUUCCUGAGCAGGGUUAUCAGGUUAUUGAAUUACAAGAAGCAAGAGAAGAACUGAAUGAAGAUGAAGAUGAGGCAAAAAGUAAGGACCCACUUAAACCUGAAGAAUCUACAAAAAGUAAGGAAAGAAUCUGGAGACCAUGUAGCAAAGUAGUUUUCUGGAAAUGUAAGCUGUGGAUGCUUAUACUGGCAGUUUUUCUAGUGAUCCUCCUAUUGAUUACCCUCAGCUUAAUUCUUUAUUCAGAGGUUUACAUAGAUGAAGAUGAAUAUUGGGACCCUGACUUGGUGUCUAGUGGAAAUCACCAUAAUUUUUCAGGAACAUUAAAAGUACAGUGUUCUGCUGGGACUGCUUACUCAGAAGAUCUUACAAAGAAGUUAACAGAUGUCUACAAGUCCUCUCCAGCCCUGGGGCGCUAUUUUGUCUCUGCUCAUGUAGUUUCCUUCAGUGAUGAAAACGCCACUGCAUCCUAUCAGUUGCUAUUCUCCUUACCGCCAGUGACUGAGGAGUUCAUGAAGUACACAAUGAGUAAAGAUUUUGUGAUGAAUGUCUUGCGUCAAAAUAUUCUUGACGAGGAAGAUAAUUAUGAUAAGGGAGCAUUUGACUGUACAAAGAUAAGGCUUGAUCCAGAUUCUCUCACGCUAACUUAGAAUCCAUGGAGCAGCCCCUAGCCUCCUGCAACUGCCUGAGGGAUGAGCUUGCCAUAUCUAUUAAUGUCUUGAUGGAUAUUUUGUUGUGCUGACACAUUGCUGAAAAAGUGGUGAUGUGAAAUACUAUACAUGAUGUCGGACUGUAUGUAGGAAAUGUAGCAUAUUUACGGCAAUUUCUUACUCUUGGGAUAUGGCAGUUUCCUUUUUUUAUUACUGUCCUGAUGUUCACUUCACACACCUCUCAAUCCAUUUGACGCUCGUUGCAAUAAAUCUUGCACUGUGCCUGACACCUGACCACAUUUAUCCACUUUAGAAGUCCCUUUGCUGGUCCCAAUUCCUUGUUCCUGCCUUCAUAAUCUCACUGCUUUCUAAAGCUCAGACCUUAACUGAUUUUGUUGAUAGUCACACUAUCUUCUGAGCUCAUCCCAGAAGAUAGCUUUCUAUGAAGCUUUUCCCAUUGUGUCUAAUUCCCAACCUCACCUCCAUCUCGUCUCUCUUGUUGACUAUCACCCCCUUUCUCCCCCCUGUAUUUUACCCGUAACUCUGAAAUAGAUCUCAAAACCCAUUUCUGGCAAGUUUAGAAAAAGUAGAUUAAAUUAUUAUAUUUUUUUAAAGGACUUUAUGUGUGUAUAUUAGUCUCUCAGGAACUCAGAAUCCUCUUGUCUUCCUCAUUUUUCCUUCUUGUGUUCACUUUGCAGGAGCUGUCUUCUCUUUUUUUCUCGCCUUGAGAAUUUAAGAUCGAGGCUGGGGGUGGAGGGAGACUUGAGUCCUUUGUUGUUCAGUGUUAUGAAGUACCUUGGACAUUCCUGGGGUUCAGAAAUUGUCCUGUGUUGUGAUCUUGCAGAUACUUUGCUGCAAGAACGUUCCCUGUAUACCAAAGCAUUAAGCACUAGGUCUUCAUGAAGGCAAGACAGUGGGCCAAGUAAGCCAGUAGACGAUCAAGAAACUUUUGUUUUGAAGUGUGUAAUAUAGCUAUGUGUUCCAAAAUGAGUAACAAUUUGCUACAACACUACACAUGAGCAAGGGAUCACAUUUGAAGGGAGACUUCCUUACAAGUGUCAUGACUUUGUGGACAGAACACACAUUUAAUGUUGUAUAAAUGAAGUAUAAUUCUAGCAGGAAAAUUUCUGUGUAUAUUUUUGUAAAGUUAAAAUGUGAAUUAUUUUUUUUUUUAUGAACAUGUUAUUUUAGAAAGCUUUUUAUGUUAUGGUGAAAGAUGAGCUUUUGGAAAAAAACUUCUAAAGUUUAAGUUGUUAAUUUAUAUUAAAGAAUUAUUUUGAAAGCUG